AACAAACAUACAUUCCUUUCCAAUCACAUAAAAAAAUACAUAGAAUAUAAGAAACUCUUUGAUGAAAAAUUGAAUUAUUUUUGAGAAAAAACACUCCCCACAGGUGAAAUUAAUCCAAAAAGAUUAAAUAUUUCAUGUAAUUUAUUUAUAAGCCUGUAAAAUGCUCUUGCCGUACUUCCUUUUUACUUUUCUCUACUUAAUAAGGCCAAUUGAAAAGUGGUUCUGCCAGUGACUUUUUACAUGCAGGCGAUUGUUAUUACUAUUUAAAAAAGAAGUGUAUAGAGCAAUAAACUGGGGAAUUCCAUUCUGUUUGGCUACAUUUCGUGGUAGUUCAUAGGUGCAGGAUAAGACUGAAAGUCCGUUUUUCCGUCAUGGAACAUUCUCUUCUAAUUGAAGAGAUGCCGCGCAUCGAACAGAUGCCGACCCAGGAGCGGCUGAACUUGGCACGAAAAAGGCGUAACCAACAACUUAAGUUGUGGCUUCAAAAGGAGAAAGAGUUCAAUAGGAAAAAUAAUAAAUUAGCCAAAAGCAAUAAGAGGGGAAUCGUUUUCGACGAUAGCGUUGUUCUUCUUGAGGCUGCCUCAAGAAAUGACAUUGACGAAGUAAGAAGAUUGCUCAUGAAAGGUGUUAGCCCGGACUCUUGCAAUGAAGAUGGUCUGACGGCAUUGCACCAGUGUUGCAUUGAUGAUAAUGAACCCAUGUUGUCGCUUCUGUUAGAGUACGGCGCGAAUGUAAAUGCCGAAGAUAGUGAGAAAUGGACUCCCCUUCAUGCAGCUGCUACUUGUGGUCAUCUAAGAUUAGUUAGAAUUCUAAUAGAUCGGGGUGCCAACCUCCUAGCGGUGAACGCCGAUGGUAAUAUGCCUUAUGAUAUUUGUGAAGAUGAGCAAGCACUGGAUUAUAUUGAGGGUGAAAUGGCAAAAAACGGAGUGACUCAGCAGUUAAUAGAUGAAACUAGAGGGAGUACAGAAAGAAAAAUGUUAGCUGAUAUGAGAUUAGCUGCUCAAAGGGGAGACAAUUUGGAACAGUAUGACGCUCAAGGAGCUACUCCAUUACAUAUUGCAGCUGCCAAUGGAUAUCUUUCAGUAGUCGAUUUUUUGUUAGAUAAUGGCGUGAGAACAGAUGUAAAGGACAAAGAUGACUGGCAACCUUCUCAUGCUGCGGCUUGUUGGGGUCAUAUCGAUGUAUUAGAAAUACUCGCUCAAGCUGGGGCAAACCUAAAUGCUAGAAAUAAGAAUGAUGAAACUCCCGCCGAUAUUUGUGAAGAUCCAGAUAUAAAAGAAAGAAUAAUCGAGUUACAAACUGAACAAGAAUCAAAACGGCAGGCUGAAGCUAAACGGAAAGUUAGACGGUCACAAAGCAAUACUCGCACUCAAUCAGUAAGACGGACAUCACUAAGAGACAAAGGUCUAACAGCAAGAAGAGAUGCCGUAGAAGAAGCUAGAUUAAGACUGCAGGCUGGAUCAGGAAAUGGAUUGGAUUCAAAUAAUAUAUUAUCAUCAGCAGACAGUCAGACUAGCAGCAGUAGAUUUGACAAUAUACCUACAAAUAAUAACAUCGAUUUUAAUAGUACAAAUAAUAACCUUAAAGGGAGGACAGAACUUAGCCCAAUUAGCGGUGCAUUAGCUACUUUAGAUCGAAGAGAUCCUGAAGGUCGAGAUAACGAAUCUACGUUGGACAGCGUUCUGGAUUCUAAGGAGAAGACUUAUACAACAGAUGUUAAUGGAAAAGUUACAGUUCACGUAGUAGUAACAAUAAACGGCAAUGGCACCCUAGCAGAUCUGAAAAAACAGCGAAUGCAAAUAAGAAAUAGUACUAACGAUGUCAGUUUUGUCGGAAACGAUAGUAUAGUAUCGCCCGUCUGUAGUUUGGAUGAAGGCGACUCGAACAUGUCUCCCAUUCCAAACACAACGGAUAUAAUUAAAUUUACAGGCGACACUACUCAGGAGAAUGUAGAGUAUGCAAAAGCUAAAAAAUGUUGCAUAAUACAAUAAUUUCUUUUUACAAGAAGUGUUUCGGGAAUAAGGUUGUGAAAUAAGUUAUGUGCGCAUAUCAAUAUUGUCUUUCAUUUGGAUAAAAUGUUAAAUUUUUUCCAGCGGGAUGUUCCUAAUUGAAAUUUAAUUUCGGAUAAAAAAAGCUUAUGAUGUUUCCAUGUCUUUGGCCAGGUUCUUAAUUAUAAACAGCUUAGAAUCCUUAAAUGACGUCAGAGAGGUCGCUCAAGUCUCUAGAUUUAAAGCUACUACCUUCUUUUGAUAUAUUCUAUUUAAAAAUAGCUUUUUUAUGAUUUAAAUAUUGUUUUGAAUAACUAAAGAGAGAAAAAUCCUGGCUAAAUCCAUUUAUAAUCCCAGUAUGAGUAUCUUGUUAAGUAUUUAAAAUAUUUUUUAUUAUAUUCAUAUUCCCAUCAAA